UCUAAUAAGUUCCAGAUGUGGUUCUUGCAUUCCUUUAGCCAGUGGAGAGGAGAGGAAAGGAGAGGAGAGGGGGAGGGGUCAGAAGAAGAAGCACAUGAAUUAAAAGAGCACAUGAUGAAGAGUACAGCCACCCUGUACUGAAGACACACACACAGACCUGCAACCGCAUACAUAUACACAUACACCCACACACACAGGAGAUGGGAUUCACUGCUGUCGUUGGGCUGUGUUUUUCUCCCUCAAAAGUUUUGGGACAUUCCCCCCUCCCCCUCUUCGCCCACUGUCCCCUUCUCCUCCCUCCUUCCCUCCAUCCCCCAUCCCUCUAUUCCUCCCUCCUCCCCCUGUAGGAAUGUGGCCGCCGGGUGAUGAUGUCACUUGAUUUCUCGCUCUCUGAGUUUCUCCUCAAGAAGGCGUGGACAGCGCGUUUCUCCCAGGAGCCAGCGGACCAGUCGGUAGUGCGGGGCCAGAGGGUGAUUCUGUCCUGUGUUGUGUUUAACUACUCAGGCAUUGUGCAGUGGACCAAGGAUGGACUGGCCCUGGGCAUCGGAGAGGACCUCAGGGCCUGGCCGAGGUACCGUGUGAUGCGGGUGCAGGAACUGGGCCAGUAUAACCUGGAGAUCAUCUCAGCUGAGCUGUCUGAUGACUCCCUGUACGAGUGUCAGGCCCCAGACGCUGCACUACGUUCUAGAAGAGCCAAACUCACUGUCCUCAUCCCCCCAGAUGACCCAGUGAUCGACGGGGCCCCUGAGGUGCUGUUGAAUGCAGGUGACCACUAUAACCUGAGCUGUGUGUCCCGCGGGGCCAAGCCCCCUGCCAUGAUAGAGUGGCAAAAAGACGGCCUCCCCGUAGACGGAGCAGUCAGCACCACCGAGGUGCUCCCAGACAGGAAGAGGGUGACGACCCACAGCUUCCUGCCCAUCCACCCAGUGGACACAGACACAGGGAGGAACUACAGCUGUGUGGCCAGCAACCUGGCUAUCCCCACUGGGAAACACACCACCGUCACCCUCAACGUACACCACCCCCCCAUGGUGACCCUGUCCAUCGAGCCUCGCUCCGUCCUAGAGGGGGACAGAGUCACCUUCACCUGCGCCGCCUCUGCCAACCCUCCUAUCAUGGGAUACAUGUGGGCUAAGGGUGGAGUGAUCCUGCAGGGAGCCAGAGAGAGUGUGUUCACCACCAAAGCUGAUCACUCCUUCUUCACAGAGCCAGUGUCCUGCUCAGUGUUCAAUGCUGUGGGUAAAACCAACGUCAGCAUCCUGGUCGAUGUACACUUUGGUCCUAUCCUGGUAGUGGAGCCUAGGCCAGUGACUGUGGACAUAGACUCUGAUGUCACUCUGAACUGCAAAUGGGCUGGCAACCCUCCUCUCACCCUCACCUGGACCAAGAAGGGCUCCAACAUGGUUCUUAGUAAUAACAACCAGCUGUUCCUGAAGUCAGUGAGCCAGGCGGACGCUGGGCAGUACGUGUGUAAGGCCAUCGUCCCCAGGAUCGGAGUGGGAGAGACAGAGGUCACUCUCACUGUCAACGGUCCCCCCAUCAUCUCCAGUGAGCCUGUUCAGUAUGCGGUGAGGGGGGAGAGAGGAGAGGUCAAAUGCUACAUCGCCAGCACACCUCCACCAGACAAGAUUGUGUGGGCGUGGAAAGAGAACGUAUGGGAGAAGGAGAAAGGGACUCUGUUGGAGAGGUACACGGUGGAGCAGAGUAAACCUCUGUCUGAGGGAGGGGCUGUCCUCUCCACCCUCACCAUCAACAACGUCAUGGAGGCUGACUUCCUGUCCACCUACAACUGUACUGCCUGGAACUCCUUCGGACCCGGGACCAUGAUCAUCACCCUGGAAGAGACCGAGGAGGUACCAGUGGGUAUAAUAGCAGGAGGGACUGUUGGCUGCACCAUCCUGCUGUUCCUGUGUUUACUAGUCCUGGUGCUCAUCUUCUACCGACAGCGCAAAGGCAGUCGUCGCGGGGUCACGCUGGGUAAACCAGACAUCAAGGUAGAGACAAUAAACAAGGAGACCCACAGUCUGGAGGAGGACUCCGGCAGCGUUUCCACGGCAUCACGCAUGGUCAAGGCCAUGUACUCGUUUCUGCCCUCUUCUGUAUCCUUCUCUCCCUCCUCUCAGCCCUUUAAAGAUGAUAUAGAAUUGAAACAGGACCUACGUAGCGACACGUUAGACACUCGCCAGGAGUACGACCUGAAGGACCCCACCAACGGCUACUACAAUGUGCGUGCCUCCUCCCACGACGAGGGUCGCCCCGCCUCCCGCUCCAUGCACUACUCCGACUACCGGCCCUCCAACACCCCAGGGGGAGCUGCCUCUGUCAGCAGCAGUGCUGGAGGAUCAGGGGCCACGGCCAGCGGAGGAGGCCCUCCAGGCCCAGGGCCCCUCUCCACCCCAGGUCGCCCCAGCUGCUACGACCCCCGGCCCCCCUCCAGACUCUCCCACAACAGCUACGCCCAGUUCAACACCUUCACCCGUGCUGGGCAGAGCCAGCAGCCCCCUCCCAACCCCCCGCCGCAGACCAGCGACUUCCCUGGAGACUGCAGCCUGUUGGACUCCCCUCAGCUGGCCUACGACAACUACGGCUAUCCCUCUCACUCCUAUACCCCCUACCGCAUGGGCUUCGCCCCACCCAGUCUGGCUCCGUUGGAAGCCGGGCCUUCCUAUGAGAUGUAUGGGGUGGGACCGGGGGUGGGGCCUGGGCCGGGGGUGGGGCCUGGUGUGGGGGUGGGGCCGGGGGCAACUCCGUCAGGGUCAGAGACUGGACUGGGGAAGUAUGGAAGCUCCACCCGCUUCUCCUAUACCUCGCAGCAUUCUGACUACGGCCACAGAGGACACACACAGAGAAUGCAGACACAUGUGUGAGAUGGAUAGGUGACAUACAGUGCAUGGUCACAUAGAUGGUGAGGGUGCAUUCUCAUAAACACUGUCACUCAGACACACACAGAGGUCACACACACAAACACACAUUCACAUUCUCAAACAUACACACUUAUACUGUACACAUGUGAGCAUACACACGCAUAUAUACACACAUACGCACACACACACAGAGGAGUUCGAAUUUGCCCACGAGACAGGGAGGGUAUGAGAAAGAGAGAGUCCAGAUCAGUGGAAAACAAGAGUGUCCCAGAGUUACAGGGAGGGGAAUUCCUCGUAAUCUAGAAUUCCCACACUCCCAGUGUUCAAAACUUCGCUCUGAAAGAGCAGAAAGCGAAAGUCACAAUCAAGACCAGAGAAGACAGGACUAGAGAGAACAAGAGAUCUUUAGAUAUUAAUUAUUGAAAUAAAUAGCAUAAGUGCUAUGAAUUUAGAUUGUAAAGAAUGAUGAGAGGGAGCGUUACAGGCAAUUUAUUCCAUAUUCGAUUGCCAAAUAUUACAGGAAGGCAUAUCAUGGAGAAAUUGACCGUCAAAUAUGGUACUCAUUCGUUGGGCGGGAGAAACCUCAACCAGUGGAGGGUCAUGACUGGCCGCCAUUUUGUUUUAGCUGGUUGUUGUUUUAUACAGUGAUUUUAGAGCACAUAUAUAUCCCAGAAUGCUCCACUUCAUUGGCGCCAUUGGUGCUGGGUAGUUGAGUUAUCAUACGUUUUGCACUGCAUUACUGCAAACAGUAUUCAUUGCUUAGACAUCCAUCAUCUACGUAUAUCUGUAUUAUAUAAGUCUGUUUUUAUUUGCACACCAACAAACUAGAGCUUUCUAUUCUAUUUUUUAACAUUUUACAGAAUUAUUUUGGUCAUAUUUCUGUGAAGGAAGUGUCUGUGGACCAAGAUGUUCAAACUUGAGAGUGUUUAGUGUUUGUUUGGGUGAUAUUCAUCUCAACAAACAAAGAGAAACAUGAAGAAGUAUUUGUGUACCUGUUUCUGUCAGCCAUGAUGACUGGCAGGAUUCAGGAAGGGGGGUGGGUAUACAGGAACCAUUUUACCAAGUGUCCAUGUUUGCUCUUUAUUUGAUGUAAAUCUGGGGUUACAGGCAUUUAUAUGCAGUAGAUACCAUGGAGGAGGUCCUUCUAUGGGCAGGUGUUGUGUUGCUAGGCCUACCAAGGUUCAGGCCUUGAGGCAGUCCGGGCAUAUGGAACUAUAAGCCUGCUAGCCUGGCAUUCAAACUGAAUUUGCUAUGUUUCACCAUUUAUAUGAACUACAUAUUGUAUAUAUGUGAAACAUAGCAAAUUCAGCUUGAUUCAGGCUAUAAACCUUAGCCUGGUGCCCCCUGCUGAAAUAGAAAGAGGUGAUGUGGUAGCCUGGUGGCAGAUCUGUUUGCGAACAAACUGACCUGGGACCAGGCUAGUGAGAUGGUGUGUAUAAGAGUGGCCUUAGGGAACAUGUGGUAAUGCUUUCAUCAUUCAUUCAUCCUCACACACAAUCAGCCAUGAUGACAAGGCCAGAGGAGAAUGAGUAUGGAGAGGUUCAAUGAAGGUUUGUCUACAGUAUUGAUAUAUGGAUAGUGGAGUGUGAUUGUGUGAAUGUGUGUGGGUUAAAGAGAGAAAGAGCAAGAGGGAGAGAGAGAGAGAGUGUGUGUAUGCACAUCUAUUUGUACAGUGUUUGUAUAGAUGUGUGAAUGGCUGUGUGUGUGUGUGUGUAUGUAAUGCAUAUACAUACAGGACUCUACCUGUGUGUGAGCGUGACUAUUGUAUGCAUGUCAGUGUGUACAGUAUGUUUGGUGCAUGUCUGUAUGUGUUCAUGUGUGCGAGUGUGUUUCAGUAAUAUGUCCAUAUAAUUUCUCUUCACAAUCCUGUUACAAUACUUUUAUACCUCUGGUAGGACUGUAUCCUGUAUUAUUGUGUCUUUGAAUUUAGAAAUACAAUGUGUAUCUUAUUGUACUGUUCUACGUAGCAGAAAAAAAAACUGUUCAAAAGAUGUACAACAAAAAGUGAUCACAUUUUCAUUUUUUAAUUUCAUUAUCUCCAAUAUUUUUUAAAAAUGGUAUGUAAUUAUUUUUCCACAGUAUAACAGAAAUAAAAAGCACUGUUUUUUAUACA